AUGGAGCUGCUCAGCUCCCCCAAGGUGAAGGACCGCUCUCAGAAAGUCAAAGAGAAGGUCACACAUUUUGUUUUGGUACUUUCUUUGGAGUCUGAUGUACUGCCUGAAUACAAACUGCAGGUGCCAGAGACAACAUGGUGGAUCUUGCUUCACUACAGCUCCUUCAAGGCAUUUUGGGACUGGAUUAUUCUCCUUCUGGUCCUCUACACAGCUGUUUUCACUCCUUACUCAGCUACCUUCCUCCUGGAUGAACACAGGGAUUUACGCCAAAGGGGCUGUGGCUACACAUGCAACCCUCUGAAUGUGGCGGACCUUUUGGUGGAUGUGCUGUUUAUUGUGGAUAUCGUCAUCAACCUUCGCACAACGUACGUGGACCAAAACGACGAGGUGGUCACACUGCCGAGCCGGAUAGCCAAGCACUAUAUCAAAGGCUGGUUCCCUAUUGAUCUGUUCGCAGCGAUCCCUUUCGACCUAAUCAUUUACGGAUCAGGAUCUGACGAGGUAAGAACUCUGCCUAAAAUGGCAACCUUAACAAGUCUGCUGAAAACAGCUCGGCUGCUCCGAUUGGUCCGCGUGGCAAGAAAGCUGGACCGGUAUUCUGAAUAUGGGACUGCUGUCCUGUUCUUGCUCAUGUGCACCUUUGUGCUCAUCGCCCAUUGGCUCGCCUGCAUUUGGUACGCUAUUGGCUUUGUGGAGAGGCCUUACACAGAGACCGGCUGGCUGGACAACCUGGCUGAACAACUGGGCAAGUCAUACAACGACAGUGACUCCACCUCGGGUCCAUCAGUCAAAGACAAGUAUGUAACGGCUCUUUACUUCACCUUGAGCAGUUUGACGAGCGUGGGCUUCGGUAACGUCUCUCCGAACACCAACUCAGAGAAGAUCUUCUCCAUCUGCGUCAUGGUCAUUGGCUCUCUCAUGUAUGCCAGCAUAUUUGGGAACGUGUCCGCCAUCAUCCAGCGGCUGUACUCUGGUACAACCCGCUACCACACCCAGAUGCUGCGAGUGAAGGAGUUCAUCCGAUUCCACCAAAUCCCUGGUUGCCUUCGCCAAAGGCUGGAGGAGUACUUCCAGCAUGCCUGGUCCUACACAAAUGGCAUCAACAUGAAUGGUGUGUUAAAGGGAUUUCCAGACUCUUUGCAGGCAGACAUCUGUUUGCACUUGAACAGAUCUCUUAUGCAGAAUAGUAAGGCUUUCCAUGGAGGCAGUCAAGCCUGUCUGCGCGCUUUGGGUAUGAGGUUCAAGACAGUCCACGCUCCUCCAGGAGAUACUCUGAUCCACUAUGGAGACAUCCUGGACUCUCUCUUUUUCAUCUCACGUGGUUCCAUCCAGGUCAUCAAGGAUGAAGUGGCUGUCGCCAUACUAGAAAAGAAUGACAUCUUUGGAGAGCAGAUCCACCUAUACGAUGAGCCGGGGAAGUCCAAUUCAGACGUGCACACCAUCACCUACUGUGACCUGCACCGCAUCCAGAGGGACGACCUGCUGGAGGUCCUUGAUAUGUACCCCAGCUUUGCAGAUACAUUCUGGAGGAACUUGGAGAUAACUUUUGACCUGAGAGAUGCUGAUCAAGUACCACCAAUAAUAACAACUGAUGACUCCGGUGAUGACUGUGGGUACCGGCAAAAGUCAAGACACAAAAUCCACUCCCUGGACUGCCGAAUCAGGCCAGAUGGAAUCGAUCAUGAAGACUCGUACCCCCUCCGGCAUCGUCAGUCACCUCCUCAGACCCACUGGGAUGACCGCUGUAGCUGUGGGUCCCCAUGCUCCCAGUCUAGUGAAGACCUGGCUAAACCUCUUGGCCCCAGUGCCGAAGAGGAGCUUUACCCCUCAGAAGAGGCCAGACGGGACUAUUCCCCCUCUGCAGUGCAGGUGAUCCUCCAAAGUGACACCUCAGUGGGGAGGGAAGCAGUGUUGGACCCAGAUUCAUCUUUGAAUGUGCCGGGGAUGUAUCAAUAUUGGCCAGAACGUCAGUCACAACAGUUUUCCACUCGUGCAUGGCGAUCUUCAUCCGUCCGCUCAUACCACCCACCGCCGUUCACAGAAGAACGGCCCAGUGAGCUGGAGUCUCGACUUGAGGUUUUACAUUCACAGCUCAACAGACUGGAGACUCGCAUGACAGCCGACAUCAACGUUAUUCUCCAGCUUCUUCAGAGGCAGAUUGUACCUCCUGCUUACAGCACUGUAUCGUCGAGUACCCUCCCAACUGAAUCACCUGGCCUGAAUGGGUCCGGGACCCCAGUGCUGCACAGCAUGUACCCCAUUGCCCCCAAACAGAUGGACACCCGGGUACCCACACUGAGCUCUGCUCAGGCUGACCUUCAAUUCACCGAGAGGUCCCAGGAGUCCGUGUCCAGCGGUAUCCACGUGACCGUAGCGUCAGACGACACCAUGUUCAUGACCGCCACCCCUGAAACUGAGACUCCCCAGGCGUGGGUCAUGGAAGGCCCCAGGCUGUGCUGCGGCCUGCGCUCCCCCUCGCUGCCGGGGAACCUGGACAUCAGGCCAGGACUUGCUGAGAUCAAGAAACACCUCUCAGACCCCGUGCUGUCUGUCAUCUGA